AUCAUCGUUCGCAAUCAACUUCAGUUGCUUUGCGAAUUAUUUUUGGCGGCUGUAUAGUACUCACUGGAAAGGGCAUUAAGAUGCCCGAAGUGAACCGAUAGAGUGUCAAUUUGGGUGGGCUACCUGGUCUCUACGUCUUAUCCGAACGAUCUAGAGCACUCGAAAUAACGCCACUAUCAAUCCUGCGUGGUGAACAGAAAAUUUACGUAAGUUUAUUUUCAGCUGACUAGUUAAUUGAAUUGAUCGCUGUAAAUCGACAGUGCAUGAAUAAUGGACCCUAAAGUUAUAAAUGACGAAAAUGAGGUUGAAGGUCAGCUAUAUUACAAAGAGAGAAUCAGGAGGGUCCAGUUCACCUACAAGUGGAUAGUAGAUAACUUUUAUUACUCGUGGAAUUACGUAGGCCCGGUAGGAUCGGAAAAAUUUUCCUUACCAGGAAAUUUGGGAACCGGAGUGCUCUCGUUGCAAUCGGAACCGGACUCCACCCGUUUGCAAGACAAUCACGAAGACGCCAGUCAGACUACUCCAGUGUCGGCAAAAUUGAUCGUCCAUUUGCAGAAUUUAGUUUCACAGCACAUCGACAUAGAUGCUUUCGCACUGAAUUCCAUGAAUCAAAGGACCGCCCUCGCUCCAGCAUUUCUCGUCGAUAUUGGUCGGGAGAAAGCAGUCCUGCAGGUGAGCCCAUUUAUAACCUCCACGCAGUUGGCCAACUGGAAUGCAGCUCAUGUUGACACAGUGACAAUAGUCUGUAACUUUACGAUACACAUGAAUACAUAUGCCCCACUCGAUGAUUAUGACUUUCAACCCCCUUCCCGUGAUAACGAUAUUGGUUCUGACUUGCAAAUGUAUUUCGGCGAGUCGAAAUAUUCUGAUGUUAUCGUCAAAGUGGGAAAACAAAAGAUACCUGCUCAUAGAGUCAUAUUGUCUGCUCGCAGCUGUGUAUUCGCAAGACUACUGGAUCGUAUGAAGAAAGAAAUUGAUAACAACACCAUCAAUAUUGUAGCAGUGCCUGAAGACGUUGGUAUAGAAAUGUUGAAAUUUAUUUACACAGGCGUGUCUCCUAACAUGGAAACCAUGAUGGGUUCAUUAUUGGUAGCUGCUGAAGAGUAUGAGAUUAAAAGUCUGAGAGUUGUGUGUGCUCAGAAUCUUCACAAAGGAAUCAACAUCGAUAACGCUAUUGAUAGACUGGUACUUGCCCAAAAUUAUAAAGCUGGAGGAGCGAAGGAGCACAUUUUGACUUUCAUCGAUACUCACAAGAAUCUUCUCGUAAGGACGGAGCAAUACAAGAUCCUGGAAAAAGUAUAUCCCCAGCUUGCGCUUGUCGCCUUUCAACUCAAACGAUUGGGCCCGAUAUAGUUUUCCGACAAUUGGGUUCCAAAAUUUAUAUUUCAGAUUUCUUCAACAAGAGUUUCAUUCCUUUGACAACAAACAUAUUAAUCGUAGUGGUAUUUUACAUUUCCAUGAGUAUUUUUUUUUAGUAUCUUGACUAAUUGUACGUAUGGUUCUGAACGAUUCGUUGGAUUUCAUCGUUCUAGUUUAUAGUAAAGCAUCAUUUAUGCAAUCGACUGAAAAAAUAACGACUUAUUUUGAACAUAGUGAUGCUUUUACGUGAGCUAUUCUGAACAUUACACUGAGAACACUACUCAAAUUAAUUUGUGAAUUCGUUUACCUUCUGAACAACUAAAAAAUUUUUGUGUAAUUUUUAUUUUGUGUGAGGUAUUGUGCAUUGGGUAAUUUUCAAGACAUGAAUUUCUUCGACAGGUGAUAAUGCACUUCUCAAAACCGAAUUCAUUGCUCACAAAUUCAUGGACUUUAUGAACCUAUUUACUACUUCGUUGUGUCUACACUAUGAACAUCCAAUUUCUCAUCGGUUAUUGUAAUUCGCCAAUUUGUGAACCGAUAGGGUGUUAACCGAUACUUCAUGUCAAUUAAAUCACCGAAAUAAAUUAAUCAAUGUAUCGGUAA